AUGACGGUGCGCAACACCACACAGCCGUCCUUCAACUUCCUCACUGGCGAGGAGGAGGAGCCAACGCCGGCGCCUGCGACUGCCAAACGAGAACCUCUGCGCGAAACCUUCCGAACCACAUUGCGAGCCUCACAGAAUGCGCCGCAUACGGUUGUGCCUUCCGACCCCAUCAACGAAGACCUACGCGCGCAACUCAACACCGUGCGAUAUGAGCUCGAGACGGCGAAACAAGAGAAAGAGAUGAUGAAGUUGGAGCAUGCGCAAGAACUUCGAGACGCCCAAAACCGCGCCGAUGCCGAUUUCCGAAAAGCGCAGCAAGUCGAGGCAUCGAAUACUCUCACCACUAAGAAAUAUGAUGCGCUGACCAAAGAAAUGACUGAGGCGCAGACAAGGGCUGCCAACGAGCGGCAAGCACUGGAAAGGCGGUUGCGCGAGAGUCAAGAGAAGGCACAGUCGCUACAAGAGGAAUACGACGAGGUUAAGGAGGAGUUGGCGACAUCACAACGGCAGAAUGAGCACAGGUACAACACGCUACAAACGGAACACAAGGCACUCAAGGACAGUGUAGAAGAGAUGCAUGCAGAUCUACAAGCUAAAGUUGAUGCUCUGCAAACGUCGCAGAGGAAGCUCGCGCAGAAAGAGGAGGAAGUCGGUCAAAUGGAGGCCGAGGUGUUGCGCCUGAAGGCAAUCACGGGCGACGCGGAAACACUGGCAGUUAUCAAGAGGGAGCUUUCUGACCAAGUUGCACACAUCAAAAAGCUGGAGACCCUGACUAGAGAGCAGAAUACUGAGCUUAAGCAGUAUCGGAAACAACACAAGGCUAUCGAGGUAGUCGAGGAGGAGAAGAGGUCACUACAGACGAAGCUGCGCAUGAUGGAAGAUCUAGAACGGCAAUUGGGCGAGGCAGAGCUCAGGAAACAGUUCCUGGAAGAAGAGCGCGACUCGUGGACGUCAUACCUUGAGGCGGAGGCAGAGAUACAUGGCGAGGUACUCUUCGAAACACCCCAAGACCUUGCGCGAGCCUUCAUUCAAGAGCGCAUAGAAAGGACCGAUCUUCUCAAUAGACUAGGCGAGAUCAAACCUGAGCUCAUUGUUAAGGAGGCCAAUAUACAAGCACUCGAAGAGGAGAAGGCCAAAUUACAAGCCGAGAUCCAGCAACUCAAGACAGCCGGAAACACGGCCGCGACAAAUAACGCUGACGCAAAAGUACGGGCCCGGCUUGAACGACAGAAAGCUUUAGCAACCAAGGAAGUCGACUUCCUACGCGCUCAAGUCAAAGCUUUCGACGACGAAGAGCGUGAGAUGCAGCCUGACACAUUCGAUGCCGCAAAAUCCGAGCGGAUAAAGGAGCUUGAAGAUCUUGUCGAUCAAUAUCGCAAGGAGAUUGAUACUCUACAGAAAGAAUUUAAUAGCCUAGAGAAACCUGCUCCCGCCACGACAGGCCAAAAGCGCGCUCUUGACACUAACGAAGACGACGAACGCGUAGGCGAGCUACGCCGAAAGAACCGCCAAUUACAAGACGACCUUAACACUCUGCAAAAGAAGAUGAAGCUCGUCGAAUCCGAAUACAAAGCGCAGCACUCGCAGCUUAAGAAGCUAAAGGAAUCUUCACGCACGCGCGUCCUAGAGCUAAAAUCUAAUCCUACCGCCGACGCCGAAGCCCUCAAAUUGAGUACAGUGCGCACUCUCCGCGAAGCCAACGUCCAGCUCAUCGACCAGCUCGAAAACCAAAGAACACCGCCUUCCAACGUCCCACUCGCCACGCUUGAUGCCGCUAGAGACGAGCUCGAAGAACUGAAAGCCCAACUCGCCUCCUCGUCCAAGAAAAUCGUGCGUCUAAAACAGAUCUGGACGGCGAAAUCUCUCGAGUUUAGAGAAGCUGUUGCCUCGAUCUUGGGCUGGAAGCUGGAUUUUAUGCCCAACGGGCGGGUCAAGGUUACCAGUAUGUUCAAACCUGCGGAUGAGGAAGGGGAGAAUAGCAUAGUGUUUGAUGGCGAGAAUGGGACAAUGAAGGUCUCGGGUGGAGAGCAGAGUGUUUUUGCGGGCGAGAUACGCGAUCAGAUUGUGUACUGGGUUGAGGGAAGGAAGGAGAUACCUUGUUUCCUUAGUGCGCUGACGUUGGAGUUUUGGGAGAGGGGACCAGGUGGGCAGACGAUGCACGGUUAG